UGUAAAUAAAGAUGAGAUCAACAAAGAAACAAAUUAACCAACUAUAAAUAAGUGGAUAAAAUAAAAAUGAAUGGGGAUUUCAAAAACUGACAUAUUGUCAAUAAUUAAUUUUUUCAAAGAUAAUUUUAGGUUAAGUAAUUCAGAAAUCCAGAUGAAGAAUAAAAAACUGGGCUGGUCUCCCACCAUCGCGAGAACCCAGUGACGCCCCUGCGCAAACGAGACUUCAACUCCCAUCGGCCUUUGGGGUUUCCGCACGUGCAGCGUCAUGGCGGUUUUCAUGGACCUAAAUCUGAUGUUUUCGGCGGACCGGACUCGAAUCAGCAAACUGCUGGAGACGGCGGCUCACCUGGGUUUCUCCACCGUCGCCAUCAACUACAUGUUCGAACCGACAGCCAAGCAGAAGCAGCUUCCUCUGCAGGAAAUUCCUGUCCCUAAACCAAUCAAUGAGCUGAUUGAUCAGCUGCCCGUCGUGCAGGGGCGCUCCCGCCCCAUCAGAGUAUUGAACAGGCUGACCGUGGUGGUGUCCGACCCCAGUCACUAUAGGCCCAACGCUCCAGAGUAUCGCCGCUUUGACCUCCUGGCGGUGCAGCCCACCUCGGAGAAGCUGUUCCAUGCGGCCUGCAUGCUGUACGACAUCGACAUCAUCUGCAUCUCCGUCACCGAGAAGCUUCCUUUUUUCUUCAAGAGAGCGCCGAUCAAUGGGGCCAUCGACCGCGGAGUCAUGUUCGAGGUGUCGUACUCUGCGGCCAUCAGAGACUCCACCAUGAGGCGCUACACCAUCGCCAACGCCGCCAGUCUGACGGACAGCUGUAAAGGGAAGAACGUGAUCCUGUCCAGCGCGGCAGAGAAGGCUUUGGAGCUGCGAGGACCGUAUGACAUCACCAACCUGUAUCCUUUGAUCAUCACGAGUGGGUGGGGCCCCGUCACAGCAGCCGCCCCCCCACAACAGCAGUGUCUGUUUGUUGUGUUCCUGAUGUGCGUCUUCAGAGGUUUGCUGUUCGGUUUGUCAGAUGGAGACGCAAAAGAGGCCGUCUCCUCCACCUGCAGGGCGGCGCUGCUGCACGCAGAAACUCGGAAGACGGCCAGCGGGAUCGUGUACACGGCGAGGAGCCAGCAGGAGGCGCCGUCGGAUCCUCCGGAGGGUGACACUCCUGCCGCCAAGAGGGUCAAGACCACCUGAUUGACAGCUAGGGAGGCGGGGCCAGCUCCGAUUUCUGUGACUUCAUUAUCAUGAGUUUUUCUUUUUUAAAUCAAGUAUUUAAAAAAAAUUUUUUUGGACAACUUUUGUAUUUUUUUGGAAAAAUAAAAUUGAUUUAAGAACCUCC